AUGACUGAGCCCAGCUACCAAGCCAACGCCGCCGGUCUCUCCGAGGAGGACCAGAACAUCAAUAACACCGCCGAAGACAUCAGCCACGCCGCAAGCGGGCACAAGGCGAAUCUGAGUAAUCCGAACACGAGCCAAGCGUCGAAGGAGAAGUCCAAGGAGGCGCUGAAGGAACUGGGCGGGGAGCAGGCGUUUUAUGGGAAGCAGGGGAAGGGAGAGUGA